AUGCCGAUGCCUGGAAGAAACAAGCGUAAAGAAAGAUCCUUGCCAGAACCGGAACCGGAACCGUCAGGGAUUCCUUCUUCUUCAGCUGAUGAUCAUCACUUGUCUUCUUCUUCUUCUUCAGCUGAUCAUAGUUUGUCUUCUCGGCCUCCUUCGACAAGACCUUGCCUUCCGCCAGGUUUUAACUAUAGACCAAACGACUUGGAGGUCCUCUUGUUACUUUGCCAGAAACGAGACUACUUGGGCGGAAACAGAGACUUCUUGGUCGACCUUCCUGUUCAUCUCGUGAACAUCUACGAGUCCAAUCCAGAACAACUAACAGUGAAAUUCAAGAAGGGUAAUGAUACAGAAUGGUUCUUUAUAUCAAAGAAGAACAAGAUGGGUAAAGGUGGGAAAAAGCAGAAACGUUGCGACAAAGGCGGAUAUUGGCACGCAACAGUUGCUUCCGAGGAGAUUGACGAUGGACAAGGUUCCAAAACCGCACUAUCAUACUACGUUGAUCAGUGUCCGCCUUCUGCUUCUGCUGAUGAUGACGACUAUUCUUUGUGCAAGAUCUAUCGGAGUACACAAGCAAUAAAGGAGAAAAAUAAAGCAGAGGAAGAAGAGAAUGAGCAGCAGCAGCCUCCUACUGUCAAGUAUCAUCAACAGCAGCCGCUAAAUUCUUACCAACCGCAGCCGCAGCCUCAUCAUGAUAUUGCGUAUCAACAACAACUUCUGUUUCAGCCAGCCCCGCUGGAUUCCUAUCAACCGCAGUCUAGUGAUUUGGCGUAUCAACAGCAGCAGCAGUUUUGGCCAGGCCCGCUAGAUUCUUACCGACCGCAUCGAUGGCAGUUUAGUGCAGCCCGGCCAGAUUCACACCAACUGCAGCCUUAUUAUGAUUCUACGUAUCAGUUGUAA